AUUUUGUAAUCAUCUUUAAACACUUUCCGUUUCCGGUGCGCCAGAUUUGAAAGAAGAAUAUUUGUAAACAACUUCGGUAGUCUACUGGUGUAUUACUUCAAGAAGUAAAGAUGUCUUUGAGUCACCAGUUCCCAACACUCACUGUGGACCAGAUAGUGACUGUGUGUAGAGAAAUGGAGAUUCCAAUAACAGAAAAUGACAUGAGGAAACCUGAUGUUCAUCGCUGGAAUUCCUUAUAUGGCAUGGUUCUAGAAUCCCUUGCUGGAAUCACAGCAGACCAAGUCAGACAGCAACACAUCCAUAGCUCCCAGCUGUGUGACAAUCCUGAGAUACAUGAAGAGUCAAUGUCCUUGAUGGCCUUCACCUUGGCUAUUCAGCGGGUGAUGUACGCAUGCGCCUUCACAGAUUUCAGUGUUAAGGAUGUCAUUGAUCCAAGACCAAAGCGUCUCAUCAAGAUAAUGAGUGCAGCCAUAAACUUCUACCGAUUUCGGCAGUCAAGAAUAGAGAUGUUUGAUGAACUCAAAGCUAAGAAUGAACGAUACAGAGAACAGCGAGAAUAUUUGUUAAAGUCUAAUGAUGAACUGAAACAGAAGAUCAGCAAGCUUAAGGCUAUCCGUGCAGAGCAGGAGCCUGAGAUUAAAAAGGUGAUGGAGGAAAUAGAGGUGAUGGGGAGACAGGUGAGUGAGAACCACAAGAUUCAAUCAGCCACACAGAAGACUGUUGCAGAAGUCAGGAAAAACAUUGCAGAGAAAAAAGCAGCACAGGAUCAGUUGAAGUUGGCCAUCCUCACCAGCCAGCAGGAAGGGGAGAAGCUGUCGCAGAAGAUAGUUCAGUCCCCAGAACGUGUAAAACAAGAACAGGAACGAAUGGAACAGAAGCUGGCUGGCCUGAAAAUGACGCUGGAUGAGAAGCGAACACGUGGGGCUACACUUAGGGCAGAACACAAGAAGGUGAAGGAGCUUGAAGCGUGUGCACUGAAAGCCCUGAAGUUGCUGCAGUCUAUCAAGCAGGACGUGGACAAGGAGAACGAGGUUGUGGAGCAGAUGUCUGGCUGCGGAGAUCAGCAUCAAGAGCAGCAGCAGACUCUAGGGGAACUGACAGCCAAGCAGGACCAGCUGAAGCACGUCCAGGCCAUCAGGCAGGAGAAGAGGACCAAACAACACAUGCAGCACCAGGCCAAGAUGAAGGCAUACACCGAGCAGCUCAACCAACUCAAUGAGUUGGUGAAGUCCCACUCGGAAGAUCAGGAUGAAGAGCUGAAACGUCUCCAGCAGAGUAAACAUCAGGUUCUGUGUGAGCUUAAAGAGCAGGAGAAGGCCACAGGCACCCGAGUGGAGAACAUUCACAAACUGUACUCACAGAUCGUUGACUUGGUUGAUGUGAUGCAUGCUGACUUGGGCUGUGACUGGGACUCGUUCAGACAACUCCUGAAAGCUGAACUCGACACACUAUGCUGAUUGGCAACAGAUCUUCAUAAACUCAUAUUCAGAAAACUGUACAUAUGAUAAACACUUUCAUCAGCCAUGUGACUGGCACCUCCAUCUGUUCCUCUUCUCCCUGUCGUCUCUGUAACAUUCUUAUCUCUAUCACUAUGGACUACUGGAUCUUAGGGUUUUCCCACAUCCCUUGUCUUGUAGUUUUGUCACUGUGGGCUACCGACUUUAGUGCUUGUUCAUCUGUGUCCUGUAUCUCGUAAACUGAUACUGCAGGAGAAAUGCAAUAAAUAGAUUGUCUAAAGCAA